AUGCCUAAGAUCACUGAGAUCCUUUUCGACUGUGACAAUACUCUUGUCCUGUCUGAAGACUUGGCCUUCGAGGCCUGUGCCGAUAUCUCCAAUGAGAUCCUCGCGAAGAACAACAUCAACCACCGCUACACUGGCGAGCAGCUCAUCGUCGACUUUGUUGGACAGAACUUCCGCGGUAUGAUGGUCUCCUUGCAAGCCAAGUUCAACUUCACCAUGGCCCCCGAGGAACUCGAAGCCUAUGUCAAGGAGGAGGAAAACCGUGUCAUUGCCAAACUCGUUGAGAAGGCUCAGCCCUGUGUUGGAGCUACCGAAGAGCUCGAGAAACUUGAGAAGUCUGGCAAGUACGGCCUCGCUGUUGUUUCUUCCUCUGCCCUCCGCCGUGUCCGCGCCUCCAUCCAGAAGGUCAACCAGGAGCGUUUUUUCGACAAGGACCACGUUUUCAGUGCUGCAACUUCCCUCGAGAAGCCCACCACCAAGCCUGAUCCAGCUAUUUACUUGCAUGCCAUGAAGGUGUUGAAGAAGGAGCCGACUGAGUGUGUUGCUAUUGAGGACAGCAAGAGCGGUGCUUUGAGUGCCAUUCGCGCUGGAAUCCCAGUCAUUGCGUACGUUGGCAGCUACCACGGAGCCGCGAAGCAGACCGAGAUGGCUGGUGUCCUUACCGAUUUGGGAUGCAAGGUUGUUAUGAAAAACUGGUCUGAAUUCGAAAAGUGCCUUGCUGAAAUCGAGGCUCUUUAA